GUUGGCAACCCAUCAAGGACAGUAACUACCAUGGCUUCCAGUGCUUUGGCCAAACCUCAGAUGCGUGGCCUCUUGGCCAGGCGCCUGCGGAUUCAUAUUGUUGGAGCAUUUGUUGUAUCCCUGGGGGUUGCAGCUUUCUAUAAGUUUGCUGUGGCUGAACCAAGAAAGAAGGCAUAUGCAGAUUUCUACAGAAAUUAUGAUUCGAUGAAAGAUUUUGAGGAGAUGAGGAAGGCUGGUGUCUUUCAGAGCGUAAAAUAAUUUUGAAAUAUAAAGAAUUUCUUUGGGCUGAUUUACAUAGACGUUUGUCACUGACCUCUGUUCCUGAGCUAUGAAUAUGAGUGAUAAAUAAAC